CCGUGGCGCAGCCCAGAUCUAGUUGAGGACUUAAGGAUGCGGAUCCCAGGACGUGAUGGGACGACCCGGAGGAGCCUCGGCGCGCGCUGCUGUUGCGUAUUUGAUCCGUGGAUUUGACACAGCUGAGAUAAAACGCGCCACACGCCGCCACCUCUGAGGACCGCGGAGUCGCGUGCGAACGGUUCCAACCGAGGCGCGUGUCUGCCAGCAGGUGCGCCGACUGUCCUCUGAACUCACCUGGGAUGAUAAUGUGUGUUUGUCCUUUUUUAUUCCUCUCGGACACGUGUGGGAGUGUGGAUCUAAAGCCCUGAACCGUGGAGUUUGGAUGUGAUUGUGGUAAAGGAGAUGGGACCUGCUGAUUGGAAAUGAACGUAUCUUUUUAAACACAUCCGGUCAUUCUGGAAGGAUGCUGUCGAAGGUAUCUCCACAAUUUGGGCAGAUGAGUUAAGAUCUAAGUUCAGUCCUGCUCUUAAAACCACUCGUGGUGUCGUUUCUCGGGGAAAGUUUGAAGACCGGGACGCGGCGGCAGAGGAGGAGGAGGAGGAGGAAGAGGAGGAUGGACGCGCCAGGACGCAGAGCUCAGUGAAAGCCACAUACGGAGGAUUUAGAUCCAUGUCAUAAUUGGUGUCAUUUGUGGAUGGUUUUUGUGCUUGUGGUUUUUCUCCAAAGGGGGGCAGGACUACUGGAGAAUGCGUACCCGAAGUGUGGAGUCCUGCUCGGGCUGGAGGGGAGAGCAGCGGACCCCCCGAUCCCUUCCUGGGACCACAGGUGUUCUCUGUUCUCAGUGACUUCAAAUCCCAAAAUGCCGAGCUGUGGGUGAAGCUGCUGACGUGUGGGUGGAGCUGACCUGUGGGCGGAGCUGACCUGUGGGUGGAGCUGACCUGUGGGCGGAGCUGACCUGUGUCAACCUCCCUCGUCUCUUUAUCCUCUAGUUUUCCAUUUCCCCCUCACUUCACCUUCUCCUCCUCCCGUUCUUCUACAAACCCCGCCCUCCUCGCCCUCCCAUUAAACCCCGCCCCCCCCAAACCCACCACCACCUCCUCCUCCUCCUCCCCCCACAGCACACAUGCAGGCCAAGAAGCGGUACCUGCUCGUGUCUGUGGGGGCCGGUCUUCUCUUCCUCGUCUACCUGUGGGCUCUGCAAAUCGGGGAGUUCCAGCAGCAGCCAUACCAGUAUCACCAGUUUCCCCAGUACCCCCAGUACCCCCAGUACCACCAGCCAGACUACCAACUGCACCACCAGGGCCUGGAGGUGUACCAGCCAGGGCUGCAGCCUCUGCCCCAGAGAAGCCCGUCCAGACAGCCCAGACACUGGCCUGAGUCGACCGGACAGCUGGAGCCUUAUCUGGAGGGGGGAGAGCAGGAGGAGGACACCCCUCAGCUCCAUCACCAGCACACCUCGCCCCGUGAACGCCGCGCCAUCCGUGACAACAUCUACAAAAACAAGCGCUGUCGCAUGGAAACCUGCUUUGACUUUACUCGCUGCCAGUGGGGCUUCAAGGUUUACAUCUACCCCCCGCAGAGAGGGGACGAGGUCUCCGAGACCUACCAGAAGAUCCUGUCGUCCAUCGAGGAGUCCCGCUUCCACACCGCCGACCCCCUGCGGGCCUGUCUGUUCGUCCUGGCCGUGGAUACCUUGGACCGGGACCAGCUCUCGGCCCAGUUCGUCCAGAACGUCAGGACCCGGAUCCAGAACCUGCCCACGUGGAACGAUGGCAGGAAUCACCUCAUAUUCAACCUGUACUCUGGCACCUGGCCGGACUACACCGAGGACCUGGGCUUCGAGGUGGGCCAGGCCAUGUUAGCCAAGGCCAGCGCUGACGUGGUCAACUUCAGACCCCACUUCGAUAUCUCCAUCCCUCUGUUCUCCAAGGAUCACCCCUUAAAGGGAGGGGGCGUAGGGUAUGUGACCCUGAACGACGCCCCCCCGUCCAGGAAGUACCGGCUGGUUUUCAAAGGGAAGCGUUAUCUAACAGGCAUCGGCUCGGAGACCAGGAACGCUCUGUAUCACAUCAACAACAGAGAAGAUAUUAUUCUGUUGACGACGUGUAAACACGGCAAAGACUGGGAGAAGCACAAGGACUCACGCUGUGACAAAGAUAACGAAGAAUACUCAAAGUACGACUACCAGGAGCUGCUCCAUAACUCCAGUUUCUGUCUGGUUCCCCGGGGCAGGCGUCUUGGAUCCUUUCGUUUUCUGGAGGCCCUGCAGGCAGCCUGUAUCCCAGUGAUCCUCAGUAACGGGUGGGAGCUUCCCUUCUCUGAAGUCAUCGACUGGAGGAAAGCCGCCAUCAUCGGAGACGAGCGACUGCUGUUACAGGUUCCCUCCAUUACCCGAUCCGUGGGCCGUGACAGGAUCCUGGCUCUCCGCCAACAGACUCAGUUCCUCUGGGACGCCUACUUCUCUUCUGUAGCCAAAAUCGUCUUAACCACACUGGAGAUCAUCCAGGACCGUGUGGACUCUCACGUCUCCAGAAACCACCUGUUGUGGAAUUCCUUACCUGGUGGUCUGUACGCGCUCCCCCAGUUCUCCACAGACCCCGCCCAGUUCCCUUUUUACUACGCCAAACUAGGUAAGAGUCCGUCGCAGCAGUUCACGGCAGUCAUCCAUACGGUUACUCCUCUGCAGUCCCAGAUCUCCCCCGUGGUGAAGCUCAUCAUCGCCGUCGCCAAGUCCAAGUUCUGUGCACAGAUAGUGGUUUUGUGGAACUGCGACAAGCCUUUACCUCCGAGGAACAAGUGGCCCUCCACCAGCGUGCCUCUCACCGUCAUCCAAGGACACACCAAGAUGAUGACCAGUCGUUUCUUCCCCCAUGAAGUCGUCCUCACCGACGCCGUCCUCAGUCUGGACGAAGACUCGGUCCUGUCGACCAAUGAGGUGGAUUUCGCCUUUAUUGUUUGGCAGAGUUUCCCUGAACGCAUCGUGGGUUAUCCGGCCAGAAGCCACUACUGGGAUAGUUCCAGGUCGCGGUGGGGCUACACCUCCAAAUGGACCAACGACUACUCCAUGGUCCUGACAGGGGCGGCGUUCUACCACAGAUACUACCACUUCUUGUUUACACACUACGUUCCGGCGAACCUGCGCACGACAGUCGACCGUUUGGCUAACUGUGAAGACAUCCUGAUGAACUUCCUGGUUUCAGCUGUUACUAAGCAACCGCCAAUCAAAGUCACGCAGAAGAAGCAGUACAAGGAGACCAUGAUGACCCAGGGUUCUAAGGCGUCCCGGUGGGCCGACCCGGACCACUUUGCCCAGCGUCAGACCUGCAUGAACGCCUUCAGUCACUGGCUGGGCUUCAUGCCUCUGGUCCACUCCCAGAUGAGGCUGGACCCCGUGUUGUUCAGGGACCAGGUCUCCAUCCUGAGGAAGAAAUACAGGGACAUCGAACGGCUAUAAACGCAGAAGGACACACACACACACACACACACACACACACAGACACGUGGAGGUGUGUGUGUGUGUGUGUGUGUGUGUUAGAUGAAUGUACACACUGAACGCCAGCAUUCACGAGGCUGUAAAGGAAAACACACACUGGACAUAAAAGGAUGAAACAGACGGGUGUGUUCAGCGUUGAACCACAUAUUUCUAUGAAAACAACCCCAGCGCUGCGUCCUUCAUGUGUUUGAAGGCGGUGCGUGACUGUGCAUAUGUGGCAUCUGACAGAAAACAUAUAAAUACGAUUGCAUGGAUUCACAUGCAACCAGACCUGGACGCGGUUCAGGGAGGCCCAGUCCUGAACAGACGUAUGUAAGUGUUGCAUGGAUUGAACUAAACAAACUGUACCAGGACCUGAAAACAUAUAUAAAAAAAAUAGGAACAGAUGAAGUGAUGGUGGAUGGGAGGUGGCCUUUAAUU